CGAGGCUGACUCCCCCGUCUUCUUCCCGUUUGGGCGCCGAGCGCCGCGAGCGGGAAGACAGGGGCCGGGCGGGGACAGGGGCACCUGCGUAGCUGGAUCGCGAGCCCACGCCCAGCCUGCGCCGCCCCCACCCGGCCCCGACCCCGGCCCUGCCAGAUCCUGUCCUAUCCGUUCCCGGUUUCCUCCCGGUCUGCCCCGUGCCCGCCCGCGGCACGCAGCGCGAGGCUUCUUAAGCUGAGGUAUCUCCUCCAGUCUCUACUCGCCGUCACUUUAGAGAUGUUUGGCUGCUUCUGUCCCAGCCAGCCCUCCUUCCACACCCGGGCUCCCCCUAACCUGCUUCCUGACAUCUUGGCUCUCCCUUGGUUGGAGACCCAUUUCCCUUCCAAAUGACUCUCCGACCCCCUAAGAUAUUGGCAGUCUAGACAACAGCUCACUGAGGAGCCGGCCUUCCCACUGAACGCAGCUCUGGUCCUACCAUGGAGGCUGUGUACCUGGUACUGAACGGGGUGGGCCUGGUGCUGGACCUGCUGACCUUGGUGUUGGAUCUCAACUUCCUGCUGGUGUCCUCCCUCCUGGCCUCCGUGGCCUGGCUCCUGGCCUUCAUCUACAACCUGCCGCACACGGUACUUGCUAGUCUUCUGCACUUGGGCCGAGGUGUCCUGCUUUCGUUGCUGGCCUUGAUCGAAGCGUUGGUCCGGUUCACCUUUGGGGGAUUACAGGCUUUGUGUACUCUGCUGUAUAGCUGUUUCUCUAGCCUGGAGAGCCUAAAGCUCCUGGGGCACCUGGCCUCUCAUGGGGCGCUGCGGAGCCGGGAGAUACUGAAUCGAGGCGUCGUCGGUGUGCUCUCCAAUGGCCAUGCUUUGCUGCGCCAGGCCUGCGACAUCUGUGCCAUUGCCAUGAGCCUGGUGGCCUAUGUGAUUAACAGCUUGGUCAACAUCUGCCUCAUUGGCACUCAGAACCUCUUCUCCGUGGUGCUGGCCCUGUGGGAUGCAGUGACGGGGCCUCUGUGGAGGAUGACAGAUGUGCUGGCCGCCUUCCUUGCCCACAUUUCCAGCAGUGCUGUGGCCGUGCCCAUCCUCCUUUGGACCCCUUGUCAGCUAGCGCUGGAGCUGCUGGCCUCGGCUGUUCGUUUCCUGGCCAGCUUCGUGCUUUUCAAUCUCACUGGGUUGAUGUUGCUGGCUUGUGUGUUGGCAGUGACCGUGACUGUGUUGUACCCGGACCUUACCUUGAGACUGGCCACCCGAGCGCUUAGUCAGCUUCACGCCCGGCCAUCCUACCAUAGGCUCCGAGAGGAUGUUGUGCGGCUGUCUCGUCUAGCACUGGGUUUGGAGGCCUGGCGGCGAAUCUGGAGCCGCAGCCUACAGGUGGCCAGCUUGCCGAACCGGGGAGGGGCACCUGGGGCCCCGCAGGGUGGCCCUCGCAGGGUGUUUUCAGCCAGGACCCAGGGAGAGGACACUGGAACAGAAGCGGAGUCGGUCAGGACCAUCAGAGCUACACCUGCGCGCGGCCGAGAGCGACUCAAUGAGGAGGAGCCCACAGCUGGGCAAGACCCAUGGAAGUUGCUGAAGGAGCAAGAGGAGCGGAAGAAGUGCGUGAUCUGCCAGGACCAGAGCAAGACUGUGCUGCUUCUGCCCUGCCGGCACCUGUGCCUGUGCCAGGCCUGCACUGAGAUCCUUAUGCGCCACCCUGUCUACCACCGCAACUGCCCGCUCUGCCGCCGUGGCAUCCUGCAGACCCUCAACGUCUACCUCUGAAGACUGCCCGCCUGCCUGCCCUCCCUCCUCGCUUCUCACAGGCCCCUGCUCUGGGACAGACUCGACACCACUCAGGGUUCUGACCCGAGUCCUCUAGGCCCAAUGGCUGCCCUGCCAAACCAAGCCCCAAGCCAUACAUUCAGGACAUGGAGAUGGGAUAUUCUGGAAGACUCGAUCUGGUGGGGCAAGAUGAUGGUUACUGUGAAUUCCGUGGGUCCCUGUGAUGCUGAGGUUGGUGAGUUAUGUCACUAUGCAAGGGCCUUGAGACUGGAUGUAGUGGGCUGUCCUCCAGCCUGCCCAGGGCCCACCUAGAUACCAGCUUCUGGGCCUACCCUUCUCUGCUUCUGUUUUUUCCUCUUGGGAAUUUUUUGGUCUCCCCUCUUCUCCCAGCUUCUGUGUCCACAACACACCAGUGUCAUUUGAAUAUUUUGGUAACUCAAGGAUCUUGGCGUGAUCCUGUUUUUUAUAUUCUUUGGUUUUCUUGUUUUGGAGUGACCUUGAAUAUUUAUGUUUGGCUAGAACCUCUGUGAACUGGUAGGUUUGGGAGUUGAAUCCCUCAGAUGCCCUGAGAGCCACUUCUGCCUGUCAUGAUCUUUUUAGACUCCCAACCUGAUCCAAAAACCCGGAAUCAGGAGUUUACUCCUGAAUAGGGGAAGUGCAUCUACACCUGGCUAUGGGACCAUACACCCUCAGGCGCCCAGCUAUACGGGAGCCGGCUUCAGAAGGAUCACCAGGUUUUUACUUGUUCCUCCUUACACUCAACAUGGCAUUCCUCCCUGUCUCUCCCUGGCAUUGGGGAGGGCAGAGUGCACAUUUCACUAGGGUCCAAACAGAAGGGCAUGCAGCAACCUGAGGUCUGCCUAUUUCCUGAUGAAUAAAGUUCUGUUGACAGCU